CCACUAUUGACAGCGGGCUUGAGCUUGUUCAUAAAUUUGUUCCCUUCAAUGUCAGGUUUACUAAUCUUUCUGGCGAUGAAAGCCACACAGGCAGGUUCACUCAAAGCUUUGCGAUGCAACAACUGGGUACAUCUCGCUUGUCAUGGCAAAAAGGACCGUGACCAGCCUUACAAUUCACGUUUUGCCAUGAGAGGCAAACCUCUGAUACUGCUUGACAUCAUGGAGAACAAUGCUCCGCAAACUGAGUUCGCAUUCUUA